CCCCAUAAUGGUUAUCAUGAUAAAUCUACUCCUAUAUUCAUCGAUUUUGCAAUUGACCGAGAAUAGAAGUCGUUGGUUUAUUGUAUGAAUUUUGCUAUUACAUUCGAAAUAUGUUAGAACUAUUCACGAGUCAUCAUGCAGAUCAUCACUCUAAAGAUGCCUAGGUCCAAUUGCUGUGAUCAUAAAGUCAAAAACAUCAAAAUCUCCUUUAUUUAUCAAUAAUCUUAUCAAGACCGUUAUAUUAUCACAGAAAUAUCCACAAAAUUUCUAUUCCGGCGACAACCUCGAAGGAAACUCCAGUAUCACCAUCAAAUGAUAUCGCGCAUGAAUCCUUUGGCUCUCCAACCCCAUAUGCCGAGCCAUUGUGGUACUCCCGCAACGUUUCUCCACAUUACACAGCUUCUCAUCGUAAACUCCGCGCAGCAGUGCGCAAAUAUGUUGAUGAAGAGAUAUUGCCAUAUGCUUUUGAUUGGGAAUCCGCAGGCAAAGUACCAGACACGGUACGUGUGUAGCUCGUGAUCUUAGAACGCUACUAAUGAAUUAAAUAGGCAUGGAGACGUCAUGCCCAGCUAGGUUAUCUAGCUUUGGGCAUGGGACUUCCAGAUGUAAAUUUACCCGGAGAUAUUAAAUUUGAGGAAUGGGAUUCCUGGCAUAGUCUGAUUGUUACGGAUGAAAUGUCGCGUGUGGUAAGAUCUUUGGGUCGUACAUUGCCUUCCAUACUGACACGACCCAGGCAUAUACCGGCGUACUAUGGGGCCUCGGAGGAGGCAAUGAAAUUCGCAUCCCUCCAUUAGUCAAAUUCGGAACAGAAGAACAGAAAGCUAAAUUUCUGCCGGGUGUUGCAAAUGGCAGUAUAAGAUUUUGUCUUGGCAUCACGGAGCCUUAUGCUGGCUCCGAUGUAGCCAAUAUUAAAACUACUCCAAUCAGGAAAGACGACCAUUAUGUUGUCAAUGGCUCGAAAAAAUGGAUCACUAAUGCUAUUUGGGCCGAUUAUGUCACAGCAGCAGUUCGUACCGGGGGUGCUUGUGCAGCGGGAAUCUCACUCCUCAUCAUUCCUUUGAAAGCUGAAGGGGUUCUUCGAAGAAUGAUGCACAACUCGGGAGUUGAUGCAUCUGGGAGCACAUUCAUUACAUUCGAUGAUGUGAAGGUCCCUGUUGGAAAUCUCUUACAUAAAGAAAAUCGCGGAUUUGAAGUCAUCAUGUCAAAUUUCAACGCCGAGCGCAAGAGUCUUGCUACGUCGGCCAUUCGAUUGAGCAGAGUAUGUGCGGAGGAUGCGUGGAAUCACGCUUGUACGCGUGAAACAUUUGGGGAAAAGUUGAUUGAGAACCCAGUCAUUCAAGCAAAAUUUGUGAAGAUGGGAAGAAUGAUCGAACCUGCGCAAGCAUUUCUGGAGCAAUUAACUUGGUUGAUAGAAUUGAGUAGGAAGGGUGGAGAGAAUAAUAAUGUGAGAAUUGGAGGUAUGACGGCAAUGCUAAAAGUUGUUAGUACUCGCUGUCUGGAGAAGUGUGUGAGAGAAGCCCAACAAGUUAUGGGUGGCUUGGGUUAUGCCCGAGGUGGAAAAGGUGGAAGGUAAGCUCAUUGCGUUUCUGUAAAAUCAUAAUUCAUGCUAAUAAUGCUCCCAGGAUCGAAGCGAUUUCAAGAGAUGUACGAGUUAUGGCUGUUGGUAAGUGCAAUCUCUAAGUGAAGUAUCUUUGAGGCUUCGAUUUCUUCUUAGAGGAAGCCAUGCUAAUAUUUUCAGGUGGUGGGAGCGAGGAAAUUUUGAGCGAACUUGCAAUCAAGGAAGAGGUCAAAGACCUAAGGAGAUAUCUAAACACGUCGCCUAAGCUUUGAAUUGAGUCGGCAAACUGUUAAAAAGGAAUGCAUGCCUAGCCAAAUCGAAAAGAUCCUUGUCGCAUGGUAAGAUCUUACCAAGUAAUAAUCAGAAAGGCAGUUCUGCCAAAUCUACCUAGCUUU